CCACAGCACACCACCAACCACAGGAAGAGUGGGAGAGAGAGGAGAGGUGGACACCAUGGAGCGGUUAACCUCAUGACAUCACAAGCACUAAGAUGAUUGGCUGCUGCCAGAGGCUGGAAGGUUUAUAAGCCGGCCGGUAGCCCUACUUUGAGCAGCAUCAUCACGGUGAAGCAAACAACAUCCAGGCAAACCCAGGAGAUAAACUAAAGACAAACCAAGUCUCUGUGUUUCUGCUGCAGCCGCCGAAUCCCUGAAGCUUCCCUCAACUGCAGACAAGGCAUCAAACUGUGAGACAAUGAAAGUGGCUGUUGUGUUUGUUCUGCUCUUCGCCACAGUUCUCUGCCGGCCGGCAAGAAAACUUUCCAGUUCAGAGAGCUCUGAGGAAGCGGUGAGACGACCAAAACCUCCAGCGCUCAGAAAACAGGCGCCCGUGGUUCUUAAGGCUCGCCCCCCACCUGUGCAGAAUGUUGUAGCAGCUGCGGCUGCUGGUUCAGAUGAGAGCGCAGAAACUUCGGAAGAGGAGGAGCAUCAGCAGCAGGUGGCAGCCGAGGCUCUACCUGAAGUCAAAUCUGUCGUCACAGACACAACUUCAGAUUCGCCCUCAGUUAACACGCAGGACAGUGAAGACGGUGAUGAUGAUGAUGAAGCAGAGGAGAGUGAAAAAGAGGAAGAGGAGGAGGAGGAUGAAUCCAGCGACAGCUCAGAGUCUGGUGAGUCCUCCACGCCUGCUCCUUCUACAGUAGCCCCCGUGGUUGUCACAGAGACACCGGCCCCUGAGCCGACUGAUGACUCCAUUGUGGCCACCGUCGUCACCGAUACAGCCCGCGGUGACAACCUGGGAGGCUACCCCAGCGAGUACAAGUCCAUCGUCUAUGUGGAGGAAAAAUCCUACCACAAGGCUCCCGGGCCCUACAAGUCCUAUGAGUUUGUGGACACAGGAAAGAAGACAGCCUAUUCAAUGACCGACGGCAAUGAGGUGGAGAAGCUGCCAAAGGUGUAUAAGACUAUUUAUGUCAACCCUGAACUCCUGGAGGAAGACACCAGCACCCCUGAGGUGGAGAGCCAGGGUCUGGAUGCCUCCUCUGGCACAUCUCAGGACCCGGACCCCCGCCAGGCCGAUCUUGCAGAGGAAGAGGAGAGCACCAGCACCAGUGACCCCACCACCAGUGAGAGUGAAAGCAGCAGCACCCCAGAGGAAGAAGAGGAGGAGGAGGAAGAGGAGAGUGCCAGCACCACCAGCGAUAGCACCAGUCAGGAGGCCGAAGACGAGGAGAGCCAGAGCAGCGAGGAGGCUACAGCCACACCUGGAGCUGCUGACGCUGACUCCGAUGAGAGUGACAGCGCUGAGAGUGACUCUGAUGAGGAAGGGGCGGCACCUGACAUCACCACUGACAUCCCGGCAGUCAUCACUGCCAAAUAAGCCCAUCUAGGAAAUAGAGUGGGCGGUGGUGUCCGAAUCACAUAAUGUGUGCACACUGCAUCCAGGUGCAAAGAGCCCCCUCCCGAGCCCUUUUCCCCUGCAGGGUCCAAUAGGGAUGACCAAGGCUGAGUUAUUAUUGACUCAUGUUUUCAGCUGAUAUUUCCAUGAAAAUCUGUGCAUCAUCUAAAAAAGCACAUGUGUUUUGCUCUCUAGGGUUUUGGCUAAAUAAACCAUUAACGCCUUUA